AGGUGGGGUGGGGUGGGGUGGGGCGGGGGUGUAGAUCUGAUCUGUAGCUGGUGCGAGCCUCAGGGCAGGGACCGAUCUGGUCCAGCAGCACUAGCUCAUAUGGUCAGAGCAGAGGGUGCCAGAUUCACAACAACAGCGAACGAUCAUUCACAUCUCUCUCCUCCUCUCCUUCCCUCCGCAGCCGAAGGGCCGCACUCCCCAUAGAGCUCUACAAGUCUCCGCAGGAGGAAAAGCUCUAUUCUCGAAGAUAGUUUCCCACCUCGGUUUUGUGUGGAAUUUGAUUUGACGUAGGAUUUUGCCUUUCUUGCCCCAGUAGAACUCGGACCGACUGACGACGGUAGAGCACGGACACCGCGCAAUCAAAGGAGCUCACGGAACGGAACGCAACGGGACGACAGGAAAGGCUCGUCACACCGCUGCACCUGCUGCACCUCGCCGCGAAUUGGCAGGCGAGUUUCGCCACGACGAACGAGGAGACGAAGAGGAAGAAGAUCCACAGACGAGCUUCAUCAGCAUCAGCGUCUGAAUAUCUGGCGUUGAUUGGCACCAUAUCAUCAUCCUUGGUCGCCAUUUGUCGAGAUUUCGUGCCCGUUCUCAGUCGUGCCAUUUGCAGCCGCUUCACGUUAGCAAUCCGGCCGAGACAAAUGUCUGGUUUCUAGCGUCUGUACCCCUCAGUUUCACGUGAUCAGCGCCUCGUCGCCGCCCUUCAACAGCGCGAUCGCCAUCGAGAGACAAUGUCUUCUAAUUGCACCCGAAAACCUACGACGACUGUUCACGGUAAACUGGGAGCAGUGCGCUCCCUGGCGCGACGGGCGGUGAUCUUUGCCGAAGAGUGGAAGCUCUGACAACAACGAAAAUCUCUCUACCUGUUUGGAGCGUUGGGGUGGCAUUGAAUUCUGAGCAGAAACACGAUCUAUCGGUUCCGUCGAUGAAGACGAGUCUGAGGCGGUUGUGCGCCCUCUUCCCAUGGUCGAGCAUAACGGGGCCUGACAGCUGCAAACAGAGAGGGCUCUACAUGGCUACCGAAUUACGGGGCCUCGGUGACCUGGCUUGCUUCGAGAGAGAACAGCCGGCGUACACGAGCCUGCGUGAUAUUAUCCCUCCGGAAAGAAGAAAAAGAAGCUAUAUGAACUUUUUAGAAAUAGAGGAACCAGCAUUCUGGCUGAACGACAACCCUAACCGCACUCCCAAGACUCGAUUGCUGGAGAAAGCUGCGCAUGUAUGGUUACAGUCCUCUGUGGCGGAAAGGAAUCAACAGCAAGGAAACAUCUUCACCAGAUGCUGGCUGAAGUUCACCAGGCAGACCUCAGUGUCGACGACGAUGACGCCUCCACGGAACACCUUCCGAUUCACUUUUGCCGACUGCGUAGGCUACUGCCCCAUCCUCAAGUGGUUCGACCUGUCGCACGCAUUCAGCGCGCUGGUGAACCGCCUGAGGCAGCCGCAGGCAUUCGUGUCUCUACGCCAGUGAGUCAAUUUUGGAUCUGAAUUAUCACGGGUCUACAUGGAUACAAUGCUGAUUGGGAGUUCCAUCACACUUAUCGUUCGGCUCCGCUCGUGAAGUACUACUACUCAGACGUGGAAGUAUCGUCUACCACCAUGAUUCCCUCCGUGCAGCCAGCGCCUGGGAGCUCAGAUGGGUCUUGGUGUUUCUUUCUUCUUUUUUUGGGGACUGCUGGAGUGUAUCGGUGAUCAUAUGGUGAGGGAUCUGUAGGGGAGAGUUUCGAGAGACAGCGUCCUCACUUAUGGCUCUCCUCUCGCUGAGAAGAGGUACUGGCUCUUACAGUACUAUCCUGUAACAUAUGUUUCCAUGUACAUGUAGUUGCAGCUAGAAUAUAGACUCGACAAAGGACUCGACGCGCGAUCGGGCGAUCAUCCCGACUCUUUCUUCCCAGGAGAGGAGAGCACCCCGCGGGGUGUGGUGUGAGGGCUUUCGCUGGCCAACGACGACAGGAGAAAGAGCUCUGUAUAUAGGUUUAGCAACCGACUGCGAGAAAUGCAAGUUUCUCUCUGCACAGCUGAGUAUAGGUCAGUGUGAACUGGAUUCAGCUUCUGGCUCGUCCGAGUCAAGAGUAAUAAGGUGCGACGUGCGCCACAGGACCUUUGAGAGAAGAAUUCUCCCUGGUCCGUGCGCACCAUAUCUAGUGCCUUACCAUGUAGACAGACAGACGGAAGUGUGCAGCUCCGGUUUGACGAAGAAAACGAGAAAAAAGAGUUUUGCCUAAAAAGAGAGAGUAUGCUGAUUUUUGUUAGCGCAAGAACUGCUACACCUACACCGACCGCGGGCUGAUUAUGUAUCUAAUAAACAUAUAUCACUGUGGUAC